AUGAAAAUAAAAGAAAAGAAAUCAGAAGACAAGGAUUUACCUAAAAAUAAAAAAGGGUCACGCAAUGUAAAGGAUGAAAAACGUAAUAGGAACAUUCGAAAUGAAGAAUAUAUAAAAAGCACAACAAAAAAAGAUAAAAUAGAAAACAUCGUUAAAAAACUUGAUGAUAUAAAAAAUAAAGUAACUGAUUCGACUGAUGGAUUAAAAUGUGUAGAAAUUUUAUUUAACAAAGCUGGAACUAAUUGUUUGUCACCUGUGGAUAAUGAUAUUCAAAAUAAAUUAGGGAAAAAAAGAAAUACAAACUUGAUAAAAAAGGAAAAUAAUAAUAAUAAUAAUAAUAAAUGUGAUAAUUUACAUAAUACCUAUCUUUUCAAUGGACCUGUAAAAAAUUUCGAAUAUUUAAAUGUACAAAAUGUUCAUACUUUUUUUCAUAAAUAUUUUUACUUAAAAAAAAAUACAGAUGAUACAUAUGAUAAUAUUCAUUUUGAAGAUAUAUUAAAAGAAAAUAAAAAUAAUUUUUCCUAUUUAGAGAAACAACCGUCUGAUAUAAAUCCUCUAUUUAUUUCGUUGCCAUAUAACAUACACUUGGAUGAGAUAGCUGAAUAUAAUAAGAUGAUGGAACAAACAUCAGAUUAUAAUAAUGUAGAUUUAGGAGAUAAAAAAGAACAAACCAAUGAUAUACUUUUAAAAAAAAAUACAGAUAUAGAAAAUAAUAAUAAUAAUAAUAAUAAUAAAAAGAAUAAAAUGAAUGUAUAUCAAAAUGAUAUUUAUAAUUUACUGAAUAAGAAAAGGAAAGUAAAUAAUAAUACAGAUAAUGUAAAUUUACAAAUGGAUGAAAUGGUUUCCUUGAAUAUGUACAAGAAAAAUAAUAUAACAAGUAAUUUUUUAUUAAAGCAUGAUAAUAAUAUACAUAAUAAGGAAUUAUAUUAUUUCAAUGAAAGUAUUAAUGAAAUUCAAGAAAAUUGUACAGAUUCGAAAAUCCUUAUUUUAAAAAUAUGUAAUAUAAUUUUUGAAAAAAAAAAAACAAAAAAUAUACACAUUUUAAAACAGUUGGAUUUAUUGUUUAAUGUACAAAAAAGUUAUGAAAAUAGAAAUAUAUUUUAUGAAAAAAAAAGUUUAUAUGGUAUGGAAAAUAUUUCUUCAAAAGAUAAUAUAAAUAAUGAUAAUAAUAAUAAUAAUUAUUAUCAGAACUUUUCGUUUGGAAAAGAAAAUUAUAUAUUCCUUGAUAAUAAUAACACAUCCAUUAAUAUUGUAAGAGAAGAUGACUCUAAGGAAAAAAGUAUUAAUAAUUCUAAUUUCGACAAGACACUUUUUUUAUUUUACAAUGUUUUGUUAAAGGUAUCAGUACAUAUUUGUGGAUUAUAUAAUACAUUUAUGGAUAUAUUAAAUUAUAACUCUAGUGACGCACUUAAUAAUCACAUAAAUAGUAACAACAAUAAUAAUAAUAAUAACAACCACAAUAAUAAUAACAACAAUAAUAAUAAUAACAACCACAAUAAUAAUAAUAAUAAUAAUGAUUAUUUUAUAUCGUACGAGUUAAGAAAGUUAAUCGAAUCUAUUAAUAUUUAUCAAAGAUCAGUAAAUGCAGCAUUAUAUUUAUUUCACUAUAUUUUACACAUGCUAGAAAUGACUAGCCAAAAAAACAAUAAUAUGCUCAUUAUAGAAAAUGAAAUAUCAACUAUAAGAAAUUUUAUUAAAAUCAUUAAUAAAUGGAAAAAAGUUGAUUCAAAUAUUCUAAUAAAUAUUGUACAAUAUAAAAAUUAUACCAACACACAAAAUAAUGAUAAUACAUAUAAAUCAAAUAAACAUUUAAAUAUUCAACAAAAUGAAAAUAAGAAAUACAAAGUAAACCUGAUUAAUAAAGAUUUGGUUCGUCAUAAUUUUGAAAUAAGAAAAAUAAUUAUUUGCAAAUAUAAUAAUAAAAUAAUAAAAUGGAUGAAAAAAAUACACAAUUUGUAUAUUAUGCAUGUGUAUAAAAGUUACAAAAAUGAUCAAAAUGGAUAUAUAAAUGAAGAGGAAAAAAAUGAAACAAAAAGAGAAACAAAAAGAGAAACAAAAAGAGAAAUAAACAACGAAAGAAACAACGAAAGAAACUACAAAAGAAACAACGAAAGAAACAACGAAAGAAACGACGAAAGAAACAACGAAAGAAACGACAAAAGAAACGACGAAAGAAACAACGAAAGAAACAACGAAAGAAACGACGAAAGAAACAACGAAAGAAACAACGAAAGAAACGACGAAAGAAACAACGAAAGAAACAACGAAACUAAUAAAUGGACAUAUCAAUAUAGGGAUAAUUAUGAGGUACAAAAUUGUUGUAAUAUAUAUACAAAGGACAAAAUAGAAAAUAAAAAAAAUAACUAUAAUAUUCCUAGUGAAGUGGAAUCUCUUUCUUUUUUUUUCCACUGUUGUAAUAUAAAUACAUAUUACUGGUACAAAAAAGAAAUAGAUAUUAAUAAUAUGAAAAUUAUAUUUUAUCUUAGUAAUUUAUUAACAAAGGAAGUUCAGAAUAGUGAGUUUAUAAAGAGACAAAUGAAUUCAUAUUUUAAAGAAAUUAAUAAUUUAUUUUUUGAUAUAAAAGAUAUUUAUGAUAUACUUUUAUGUUAUAAUAAUAUGAGAAAUUUAAAUAAGGAAGAUAAUAUAAAUAUUCCCACAUGUCAAUUAAAUAAUUCAACAUGUCAAUUAAAUAAUUCAACAAAUCAAUUAAAUAAUUUUAUAUAUAAUAAAGAUUUAUGUUCCAAAGAAAUAGAAGAUUUGUUAAGUGAUAUGUCGAAAUAUAAUAAUAUAAAUGUAGAUAAAAUUAUACAUAAAUAUAAUACAUAUAAUGAUGAAAUAUUAUUAAAAAUGAGUAAUAUGAAAAAUGUAGAUAUGUUAUUAUUAUUAUUAUCUAAUAAUAUUUAUAAUAAAAUAAUGUCUACUACCUUAUAUAAUAAUUUUGAUAUCAUAAAAUUUAUUAUGAAAUGGAUAUUUGUUCAUGUUAUUAAAAUAUUUGUAAAGGAUACAUACAUGUUGUAUAUAAAUAAUAAUCAAGGUAAAAUAAAUGAAUCUAAUGAAGACCAUAAUUUAAAUAUAAAUAAAAAUAAAAAUAGUCAUAUAGAUAAUAACAUGGAAGGGGAGAAUUUCCAUGUGAACCAAAAAUUAAUAGAUGAAGAAGUUGAAAAACGGGUUAAUAUAAUUAAAGUUGAAUUAGAAAAUGAAAAGAAUAUAAUUAUUAAUAAUAUAAAAGAAGAGUUACAGAAUGAAGAAAAAAUAAAAUAUAAUGAUAUAAAAACAAAUUUAGAGAGAGAAAAAAAAAUUAAUAUGCAUAUGAAUAUUGAAUUAGAAAAAGAAAGAAAAAUAAAUGACGAAAUGAUGAUAAAUUUUGAAAAAAAAAAUAAAAUGUAUGAGGAUAUUUUUAAAGAAUUAGAAAACGAAAAAAAAAAAAAUAAGGAAAUUUAUAUGGAAUUACAAAAUAUCAAAAAUAUAAAUUCUGAUAUGAAUUUUGCUUUAGAAGAUAAACGUGUCAAAUAUGAUCAAAAAUGUAUAGACUUGGAAAAAUUAAAUAAAAUGUAUGAAGAUACGUGUAAAGAAUUGAAUGAUAAAAAUGUUUUAUAUGAACAAAUGAAUACACAACUAUAUAAAGAAAAAAUAAAUAAUGAUGAAAUAUCUACAGAAUUAGAAAAAAUAAAAAAUAUAAAUAAAAAUAUUCAAAUCAAUUUAGAAAAUGAAAAAAAAACAAACGAACAAAAGGAUAAACAAAUAGAAAAACAAAAAAUGAAUAUCAAAGAAAUGGUUAUACAAUUAGAGAAAGAACAAAUUAUUAAUAAUGAAAUUAUUACACAAUUAGAAAAUGAAAAAUUAAAUAAUAAACUUAUAUAUGAAGAUAUCGAAAAAAAAAAUAAAUUAAAUUCAGAGCUUGAAGAAAAUUAUGAAAAUCAACAAAAAAAAAUCAAGGAAAUGGUUAUACAAUUAGAAAAAGAAAAAAUUAUUAAUAAUGAAAUUAUUAUACAAUUAGAAAAUGAAAAAGGAAGCGUGAAAAAAAUAAAUACAGAAUUGGAAAAUAUAAAAAAAAUUAAUGAUGAAAUUAAUGAAAAGUUAGAUAAACAACAAAAAAUUAAUAAUGAUCUACAAUUACAUUUAGAAAAUGAAAAAAAUGAAAAAGAUCAUAUAAAUAAAGAAUUCGAAAAAGAAAAAAUAAAAAAUAUACAACUUAAAAAAAAUAUGGAUGAAGAAAAAAAAACAAAUGAAUCAUUAAAUGUAGAAAUAGACAGAUUAUAUAAAAUAAAUGAACAUGUUUUAUUAAAUUUGGAAGAAGAAAAAAAAAUCAUAGACCAAUUUACUAUAGAUCUAGAAAAUGAAAGGAAGAGGAAUCAUAUCUUACAAAUACAAUUUGAUGAUGAGAAAAAAAAAAAUGAGCAAAAUUAUGAAGAUCUAUUAAAAGAAAGAGAAAAAAAUAAAAACCUACAAAUUCUUUACGAUGAUGGAAAAAAUAACAUAACUCAAAUUAAUAUAGAUCUAGAAAAUGAACGAACAAGAAAUAAGGAUCUCAAAAUACUUUUUGAUCAAGAGAAAAAAAAAAAUGAACAAAUUAAUGAUGAUUUAGAAAAUGAAAGGAAAAGGAAUAACCAACUGCAAAAUAUUUUAAAUGAGGAACAAAAAAAGAAUGAACAAUUAAACUUAUCUUAUGAAGAACAAAAAAAUAUAAAUGAUCAACUUGAAAACGAGUUACAAAAGCAAAGAAUUACAUAUAAAAAAAUGAUAGCCAAGUUUGAAAGUAAAUUUUUGAUGAAAAAUUCUAAUGACACACAAAAAAUAAAAG